UGAGAACAUUUCCCACAUCAGUAUAUCCUUUCAUUAUUAAUAAUUGCAUUGCUUCUAAUAUUAUAAAGCAGUUAUGAGUAUUAAUAUUUAGCAGUUUAUCACAUAGUAUUGAAAUUAGUUUUGUUUAUGACUGGUCUUAUUUGUUGUGCAUGAUCAAAGCUUAUAUAUGAAUCCAUUGCAUUUGACUCUAAAAGGUCAUGUCUGCAGAUUUUGGAGGUUUGCAGUUGUGUGUGGUAUGUAUGUAUGUGUGUUUUUUAACUUUUACUUUGCAGAGUCACCUGGGGAAACGAGAAACAGGAUGUCGGGGCGACAGGGUGAACUAAAGGUCAAUGUUGUAUAUAGCAGCAUGAACUUCUUAGACAGAAGUAAAACUUUCCAUCGAACGGGUCUGGUGAACUUUUAAGAAAGAAGUAAAACUUUCCAUCGAACAGGCCCCCACCCAACUACACAUAUAUAUUUUUGGGUCAGAGGGAGAGGCAGAUCAGAUCAACCGCUCCUCGGGGGACCUGUUUCUGCAUUGGUGUUGUGUAAAGAUAGGGACAGUUUUGACCCAGAGCUCUGUAAUACUUCAUUUGAGAUACUUAUUAAAAAUAAUUUGAUUUGAGUUACGUGUCUAUUCUCCUCAUUCAAAGAACAUGCAGGACAUUUAAAGUCCAACAAUUGGUGACCCCGACGUGAUGAGGAGAAUCCGACAUCAUUGAUUUUUCUUCUCGACAUUCCACUUGCGCAAAAUAGGAAAGGUAAGCAGAUACCUGUUAUAUCAAAAUUCUGCUUUAUUUAAAUGUCGUGAAGAAUAAUUAAUGAUACAAUGAUUAUUGUCAUUUUUAUCUAAAUUGCAUAUCUCAAAUGAACUAUUAAAUGUGUCAAUAAAAUAAAAAGGGAAUUAACAGUAAUAAAAUUAAAAUAAAACAAAAUAAAAUAAAAAUAGUAAAAGAAAAGAAAAUAUAAAAAGGGGGCUCGACGUUGGCAACGCUAGCCCCGACGGGGGCUUAAAUUUCUGGGUUUCCACUCCCGAAGACGUAGCUCAUCUUCAAAAGGGCAGGGUGCAGACCCGGAGCGUGGUCAAGGACCACGGGCGGAUUAGCCGCGGAUGAUACAGAGCGGUUGGACCGCGGUAAAUAGAGAUUGAAGUGGGUUUCAUACCCGAGAAAGUGGUCAGGGACCACGGGCAACGCAGCGGUCGGACCGCAUAAGAGAAACUGAAAGUAAUAAGAAAACCACGAAGUAGUUGAAAAUACGAAGAGAAUAUCGAUAUAUGAAAAAGUUGUGCUAAAGAAUAGGAAUUUGAAACGUACUGAAGACUAUACACCAUGGGUCCUUAUUUGUAAAUGUGCUAUCUGCUUGCUACCGGUAUAUUAUCAGCUUUACUGUGAGUAUAUUUUAAUUCAACUUCUUCUUUGGAUAAUAUUUUUAUUGAUUUUUGCUGCCAGUGAAAUUGCAGUUCAGUGUUAUAUUUUUAUGAAACAUUUUUAUUAUUAUUCGGUUUCACUAUUAGAACAUUUUAAUUCAAUUUUCCUAAUUCAGUUCUACUAUCAGUAAAAAUGUUACUUAAUUUUCUUACUUAAGUUCUAAUUUAAGUUCCUAUUUUUACGUUUUACAGUUUACUGUGAUUCAGAUUUAUGAUCAGUAAAUUUCAAUUCAGUUUUUUUUUUUUGAGUAUUAUCUAGUUUUAUUAUCAGUAAAAUUAUAAUUUUUAUGUGUUCAAUUAUUAAUCGUUUUAUUGUAAGUGAAGUUGGAAUAAAAUUUCUAGUUUUAAAAGUCGUCGGAUUCCGUCUUUAGAAAAUUUAUUGUGGUUGCAAUUUACUGUCAGCAAAUUUUAACUCAAUUUGUAGAAAAGCAUAUUUUAUAUCCUGUGUAUAUUAUAUUUUACUAUUGUGUGUAUUUGGGGGAUUUUGUUUAGUAUCAUUUCAUUUACACGGUACAAGUGUAGACGGAUCCAGUUUUUAUUUUUGUUUUAUUAGUGUGAAUGUGUGAUUCUCCGGAGUUGUCUAGUGUUAUUUCAUGUUUAAAGGAGUAGACGUUUCUGCAGUAUAUUUUAUGUUUAUUGUAUUUUGGUGUGGAUGUCCAUUUUCUUAUUUCAUUCCGGGGUGUUACUCGGGAAGAAAGAGUGGUUUAUUUGUAGUUGAUUUUAAAAUAAAUUGAAAUUGAGAAUUGAUUUCUGUGAGUUUAUUAUCAGAAGAGAUUGUUUCAUAUUUAACAGAUUCUAAAAUAAGGAAGAGGAAACUGUGAACUUCUCAGCUCGUAGCGUAAUUUAGUUUCACUUUAGAAGUUGUGCUCUUAUUCUGUUGUCUGUCCGCUACGGGGCUGUAGUUUUACUUUCAUUUUGGAAAAAUAAAAUUGAAGUAGUUAUAUAUUAUAGAGUAUCCGUGGUAAAAAGGCGUGCGGAAGAUAGAUAAACCCAGUCCGAGAUAGACAAGAGACAUAAAGUAUUGAAGUGUAAGAGAUUAAAACGGUUACUUAUAUCUAAUAGUUUUGAUUGCAGUAUUGGGACAGGGCUUAAUAAAACUAAACCGAACCUGUUUAAAACUCAGCCGUGGUUAUCAUACAAGUAUACGGUGCAUGUGAAUUGAUUGAGACGCCUAGUGGAUAAAUUGUUUCGAGCUCUAAUAAGAAUAUUGUAACUUUCAGAAAGACGGUAGAGAAUUAGUGAGAUCAGUAAGAGAGGAGUGCUGGUUGUUUUAUGGAAAUUGCCAUUUGAACGAGUGACAAGAAAUAAAUAUUAUUGAUGUGAAUAUUAUUUUCAAUUUUAACAAGUGUUGAAUGUCAUUACAUUUUUAUCCUGACGAAGUUUAUUGGUAGUUUCUAAUUUUAACAAGUAGUAAAAUAUUAUUGUAUUCUUUAUUUUUGAGAGAUUCUACUUUUGACUUUAACCAGUAUUACAUAAUAUUACAUUUCUAAUUUGGAUAAAUUCUAUUUUUAACUAAAAAAGAGUAUUACAUAUUAUUACAUUUUAAUUUUGACAAAUUUUGUUUUAAUUUUAACAAGACUUAAAUAUCAUUACAUUUCUUGUGAGCUUUGACCGAUUUUAAAUUUCAAAUUGGACAGGUAUUAUGCAAUGAAUGUAGUUUGAAUUUUGACAAAGAAUUACAUACUACCAGAUUGAAUUACUUUUAAGUUUUGACAACGCCUUUGAAUCCUCUUUGAAUCAUCAUCGAACAGGAGUUGAAUAUUCUUACAUUUUCAUUACAAUAAAGAAGUAACAGUACUGAAUUUUAUUGUCUGGCAAGUAUUUUAUUAUUAAGGUGAACUUUAAUUUCGAUAAAGAGGUGAUUAUUAUUCAUUUGACUAAAGAAAAAACACAGAAAAUAAUUUUGUGAGAAUUUGUGUGUAUUUACAGAAGGGCUGGUGUCGAAUAACAUUGAAAGGAAGAAUAAACGAGAUAUUCAGGGUAAGAAAAUUGUAGUGGAAGAUAAAAUGAAGACUCUUAAAGAACAAUGGGAGGCAGCAGUAGAACAGUUAGUGAGCGGUUUACCAGAAAAAGCAAGGCUCAAGAAAAUUAAGAAAUUGCAGGAAAUGUAUGAAGAGUGGAAACAACUUAAAGGUUACGAGGAUAGAACAAAAAUUAGUUUGAAAGAACACGUAAUAGCACAAGAAAGUGAGGCACACAGGAAGUUUCAGAGAGAGGAUAAAAAGGAAGUGGGGUUUCUCGCUAGAAAGAAGCAUGAAAAGGAAGUGAAGAGACUACGUGAGGAGUUUCACUUGUGGCAUAGUAUGGCAGUAAGUUGUGUGGCUUUGGUACAGCUGGAGAAAGAGACAGAAAAGAAAGUGGAACUAAAAAAGAGUGACGUUAAAGAGAAGGAAACAAACAAAAUUCAAGAAGGGAGGGAGAUAGCAUCCAUUUAUCCAGUACUGCCACCCACUGCUCCACCUCCAUAUGCCCCACCCCACACACAGUUACCGGUACUUGAAGUACAAAAGGGUGUGUUGGACAUGGAGCAGAGGGAGGGAAAUCGCUGGAAAAUAAAAUCAGGUAAAUUAGAUUUAAUAACAGAAAAAGAGAUGGAGGAGAGAGAGAUAGCAAGAGAAACAGCUGAAUUAAUGAGAACACAUAGAGAGCAAGCUGCACAGGCAGAACAGGUGAAAGCAACACUGGAGAAAGAAAUAAGGGAACAAUGGAAUAGUGUAGUACAGGAAAGGACAUUUCAGCCCAGAGCACAAAGCACCCCAGGAGAAACAUUGAGCAGCAGAUUUAUAACAGUGGAUGAGACUGGGAGUCAGAUAGAAAUUGAAAAUCAGGGAACAUAUCCAAUGGAAAUCAGAGGAGAAAUGAGGAUGGGUAAGAAGAUGAGAGAGGAGAGCAAAUAUAAUUCCAGUAUAAAGACACCAAAGAAAGAACAGGAAAGAGAAGAACAGGAAUAUAGGGAACUAGGUCUCAUUCGAGGGAUACCAAAUAUGUGCCCACUAGUGGACACAAAUGGAAACCUAGAAUACAAACCAUGGUCAUUCACAGACAUGGGAGCUAUCCUUGCAAAGUUACCUCAUAUCACGAGUGGAGGGGGUAAAUGGAUAGGGAAGGUAAUAAGUUUGACGCAGGGCCAUACAUUGGCGAUAGGAGACCUGAGGGCGUUAUUGGGCCAGGUACUGACUGUAGGACAGAUCACAGAAAUUGAGCGAGAGGCAGGAACGGUUGGGAUAUAUGAUGACCACCCAUACUGCCGAGUUGCAUCAGAAUGGGGAAAGGCCCUGCGAAAGCUGUACCCAGCGCCAGCAGGCACUCUUUAUAAUAUCAAAUUUUCUCCAAAAGGGGAAGAAACAGCAGCAGCAUACCUGAGUCGAUGCAAAGGGGAGUGGGAAGAGCACACUGGGGCUCAUCCACAUUCAGACAAAAUGCAGGAACAAAUGUUCAGGGCUGCUGUAUUGGAAGGAACUCCUAAAUCUGUACAAGAUGAAAUAAAAGCCAACCCCGAUUUACCAGGUGCUGUAUGUGAGGUUUGGGAACGACAUUUCCUUCAUCACAUGUCAAGGGCGAACGAAAAAGAAAAAGAAAAAGUAGGGGAAGUAGAGGAAUUGAAAAAACAGUUGCUAAAAUUACAGUUGCAUGAGGCCAGAUCUAAAAUAAAUGAAGAAAAAGGGAAAAAGAAGGAUAAACAAAUGGUAGUUCAGGAAAUGAAAACCCCUCCAAGAUACAACAAAGAACAGGAAGCUGACCCAUCAAAUGUAGAAUGGGAAAGAACCACCCAAAGACCAAUAUACUACUCCAAUAGAGGUAGGGGUGGGGAUUACAAUAGGGGGAGGGGAAGAGUACAGUAUCAAGACGGGUGUUUCCGAUGUGGUCGUCCGGGACACUUCUUUCGUGAGUGUCGGCAACCUGUUAGCGGACCCCAACAGAGACCAUACCGGGGCAGAGGCCAUAACACACACAUGGCCCCUAACGUGGAAAAAGCACCACGACCACACUCCCAGUACCCUUUGUCCACUGGAGGGGAAGGGGAGUGGUACUGAGACAGCCCACGGAACGACCUCAGCAGGGUUAGGGCGGAACCAUUGCUGACUUUGGAGGUGAACUCACAUCCUGUUGAAUUCCUGGUGGAUACUGGGGCAACAUAAUCCACACUGAACUAUGAACUUCCAAAAAAUCUUAUUUCAGACAAAACCACCGAUGUAAGGGGGUUUUCCGGGGCUAUAACUAGACUGCCAUUCUCCAAAGAACUCACAGUGCAGUGCAUGAAAAAACAAUCACUGACUCACUCUUUUCUGCUGUCAUAUUUCUCACCGACAAAUUUGUUGGGAAGAGACUUGCUAGUGAAACUUGGAGCUGAAAUCCUAUGCAGCCCGGAGGGGAUUAUAGUAACUAUGAAAAAUGGUAUCACCAUGAACUGUUCCAUCAUGACCACAAUGAGAACGCAUGGACAAUGGUUACUUUCUGCAAACACCUCUCCACAGGGAGCUGACAUUUACUGGGGGAGGGUGCUUCUGGGGGACACAAGGGACACCCUGAAUGAUCUGUACUGUCAAUGGGAACCUUGGAUAUUAUCAUUAGCACCAUACACUCAGCUAAUAGAUCCAUUGCAUGUCACUUUGUUUUAUGAUAGAACACAAGAGUACUGGUACCAAGAACAAUUUGAUAACAUCGCAGGAGAACAAUGGGAAAUUUGUGGGGCAGGAAUAAUGAUAGGCAAAAGGAGUGGCAGCUAUAGUAGAACUUACCCCCGAACAGGAACAAUGGUAUAGAAUGAGGGAAGAGGCAUCACCCCAUAUAUCAUUAUUAGUACAUCCCCAACACCAAGCUAAAGAUCUAGGACCAAUGGUAAAGAAGGGAAUAAAUUUAACAGAUUGGAGGGAAACCCAACUUCCUGGUGUAAAAUAUUCACCUAGCUCAGGGUAUUAUUUGAUCACACAAGAAACAAAAGACACUGUAGUGUUGGAACACGAAUGGCUCACAAGAUGGCAUGGUAGGGAUAAAAGUGAUCAUGAAAAUGAUGAAACAAUGUUGAGAAGUUUGCCCGAUCAGUUAUGAACACAGAAUCCCACAGAUGUAGGGUUUUGUAAAAAUUUCCCAGAAAUAUUGUUCGAUCUGACAUGUGAUGAUCCAAUUUUGGAGGCCUCAAUAAAAGCACAAACCAAAGGCAGAGGAAGGUAUCAAAUGUACCAUUGAAGGUUUGUUAACCGCAGGGGUUUUAGAGUAUGCUGAUUUCAAUUGGAACACACCCAUUUUGCCUGUGGAAAAACAAAACAUAGGAAAAUUCAGAAUGGCACACGAUUUGAGAACAAUCAAUCAAAUCAUUAAAACUACAACUUUACCUGUUCCAAACCAAUAAACUUCUCUGAAUUAAAUCACUCAAAAUCAAUCAUGGUAUACUUGCAUCGAUCUCACUAAUGCUUUCUUCUGUUUACCUCUUGCAGAGCACGUGAGGGACAUUGUUUGACCGUACUCACCGCGCACUCUGUGGUAACUUAUGUUAAUUAAUCAUCAUUUAUACUUUCCACUCUGAGACAAAGACGGUUGGAAAACAGUCCGCACAACUAAAUU